AGUGUACAUCGAUCUAAAUCAGGAUGGAAAUAUGAAUGGAAGUUAACCAUGCGAGGGUUAACCAAAAAGCCUUUGCAUUUUGCCCAAAGAGAAAAGGGGCUAAUGUUGCUGAUUACAGAUGAGCAGCUAUCAGUCUCACAAGGCAGGUGUCGUUGUUUUAUGACAAGCUCGAAUCGACUGUGGAUAGGGCUAACCCACUAUCAAUGGGUAAGCGCAGUAUUUAUAGUCCGUUAUGUUUGAUCUGUCAUGACAAUUGACAGUAAAGAGCAGUGGGGGUUAUAUGCUUGUGAAAAUAAGAUGCCCCCGCUGAGUGAGUGAUGACAAGCCGUGGGGAGGCUGCUGACAUUGACGAUACAGCGGUGACUGACUAAAAUGGGAGCGCGACGAAGCAAUGACAAUCGAACGCUAUCAAUGGGGGAACCAGCGAUCUGGUGCUGAGGAGAACGGAGCAUCAUCGCCGACCAAAACACCGCAGCCUUCAGCAUCUCAACAGAACCCGCCACAUAACAAAGUAAAGAUGGCCAUUUCAAGAUGGAAAUUCGACUGACAGAUUAAAAGGACCUGUGAGACGUCGGGUGGAAACUGUGGACCCUGUCGGAGCUACAGCCACACAUGCUGUCUCCCCCACCCCGCCAGCUUCAGCAUGCCCACUUCCGAGGCGCCCAGUGUGGGCAGUAACUCCAGCACCGUGCCCUGGGACCCUGGUUCCUCUGGUCCUCCUGGCCCCACAGACUGGCCGUCGUUGGCCAACAGCGUGGUGAAGAUGGUGCUGAUCUCAGCCAUCGUGUGUGUGUCUCUGUUUGGUAACGUGGUGGUGUUGUUGGUGUUCCAGAGGAAGCCUCAGCUCCUCCACGUGGCCAACCGCUUCGUGCUCAACCUCCUCCUGGCAGACCUGCUCCAGACUGUGCUGGUCAUGCCCUUCGCCAUCGCUGCCACCAUGCCCGGCGUGUGGCCCCUGGAUGCCCGCCUCUGCCAGGCCCUGGUGGUGCUCAUGCACCUGUUUGCCUUUGCCGGGGUCAACACCAUCAUCGUGGUGUCGGUGGACCGUUAUCUGGCUAUCAUCCACCCACUGUCCUACCCCACCCGUAUGACCCCUCAUCUGGGCACCAACCUCAUUGCCUGCACCUGGGUGCUUAGCCUGCUCCAGAGCACGCCACCCCUCUACGGCUGGGGGGCCAUAGACUUCGACCGCAGGCAUAACGUGUGUUCUGUGGUGUGGUCCUCUAGCCUGUCCUACUCAGCCCUGGUUGCCACGUUCUCCUUCUGGCUGCCUGUGCUCAUCAUGCUGGGCUGUUACUGGAUGGUGUUCAGGGCAGCGAGGAGGCAGAACGCCCUGGUGCACCCCAUCCAGACCCACUCUAAGUCCCAGCCUAACCAGCCUCCGGACCCCCAGGCCCCCUGCACCGGCAGCCCCCAGCGCCAGCCCCAACAACCCUUGGACUCCUUCUCGGCCGGGGGGUACCCCAUCCGGGGCAGGCACAGACGUUUCCACUACCACUGCAAGGCAGCCCGGGUGGUGUUUGUCAUCAUGGCCUCGUACAUCCUGAGCAUGGGACCUUACAGUGUUCUCAACACGAUGUCCAUUCGCUCCAGUGCUGCUGUGCCUCCAUGGCUGGCCUCCCUAGCCCUGGUCCUCUUCUUUUUGCAGUGCUGCCUCCACCCCUACAUCUACGGCUACAUGCACCGCAGCGUGAGGAAGGAGUUCCUGGCCCUACUGUGUGGUCCGCUCUGCAGGCAGGGCCUUCUCUGCCACACCUCCGCACAGGACAGCUGCUUCACCGUGACCGACGGACGAUCCACGCAGCCCCAUCUGCCCAGCCUGGCUGCCCGCGUCUGCCCCCUCCGCACCUGGGAGGAGGGCACCACCACGGAGGCUACCUCCUCCACCAUGGAUAGGAGGUCCAGGGACAGCCGCAAAGACACCACCUCCACCAGCCUGAGCUCUGAGAGAGAGCUGACUGUCCACACCACUACCUAGUAGACAAGCCUACAGCGAAACAGCCUGGGAGAUGGGUUGAACUGUUUUUCGUGUGGCAGUUUUCCCCUCCAGUGAAGACAUGGUUAUUCAGCAUUGCUAAACUUGAGCAGAUUUUCCUUCUGGUCUACAGGGUUUUCCAUUCUGACAAUAGCUAUGUUUCCAUGAACUUGUCCAGUCAUUUAUUUAUUUUUUUGGACGUAUAGAAAGUUCGCAUAGAUAAUAGAUUCGACUAUUACCUGCUACAGUGAGUUUCCAUUUAGGACAAACUUAUGUCGAUAAAAAUAGCUGUACGUAAUGACGUCACACCUAAUGAAACACGUUUUCGGAAAAACCUAUAGUGUCGAAUAAAAAUUAAGUGGUUGAAGUGUUUCCAUUGCCCGUUUAGGCAAAUUGCGCAUUAAUAAAUUGUCGACUGCCAAGAAUAAUUGGGUGGUGAAACUUGAAUCCAGCCAACCAAAAACUCUAUGUGAAGCAAUUCAGCCAUUCUUGAAAGUCAGGACAAGGAUCCUGCAAAGAAACAUCAUUUUUAUAGUUAAAACAUUGAUUUAGCAGGCCGUAGGCAUUUAGAAUUACAAUGUGGAGUGGAGCUUCAUAGUACGUGUUGACAUCACGUGCCCCACGUAACUUCAAAAUUAUUCGGCAAUACAUUUUUCCAAAAACACCGUUUCUAUCAUCAUUUGUUGCAAUAAAGAAAGUUUGACAAAAGAAAACUCCACCCCUGUAAAAAUGCUGUCGAUCUUAAGAAAAUGUCUCCUAUAUCUGCCGUUUCCGUUUCUGAGGAAGCACAGUUCCCGCUCAGCCCAGUCAAAACUGUUCGCUGCUCUGGCACCCCAAUGGUGGAAUAAGCUCCCUCACGACGCCAGGACAGCGGAGUCAAUCACCACCUUCCGGAGACACCUGAAACCCCACCUCUUUAAGGAAUACCUAGGAUAGGAUAAAGUAAUCCUUCUAACCCCCCCCCUUAAAAGAUUUAGAUGCACUAUUGUAAAGUGGUUGUUCCACUGGAUAUAUAAGGUGAAUGCACCAAUUUGUAAGUCGCUCUGGAUAAGAGCGUCUGCUAAAUGACUUAAAUGUAAUGUAAUGUAAAUGUUUCCAUUACACGUCACAAUGAGACCUGUUCUGCAGUGUUUUCCUUGAAAAGCCAUUGUUAAGUUCUCCUAUUGUUCAGUUAUGGUUAACGCUUAAAUUUGAGUGUUUUCUACCCUCUAACAUCCACGAAACAGAUCAGUAUUAUCAUAUCAACUUGAAAAAACAUGCCGCAAAUGUAUUUGACUGUUCUAACCAUUGUUACAGAACACAAACUCCUCAUGGUGACAGCUUAUUAUGUUUGUCUCCUGUGAGGAGUAUUACUACUCACCCUGCCUGUAGUGCAAUAAUGUUGUAACUGUACUGUAUAAUAUAACACAUGAUGUCAAGGAAGAGAUGGCUGAGAGGGACCAAAAUGACCAGUGAUUCAUGAAUCUGGUUCACUAGUUUAGCACCAGAGUUAUCACAACUAGCUACCUAUCAUAUGCACAGCUGUCCUUCUGCAUUUCCAGAAUCUCAUCUACUAUACCCAUUUAUCUUUGUGCCCCAUUACUCAGCAGUAAGAUUAUCUCUGUGCCUCAUUACUCAGUAAGAUUAUCCCUGUGCCCCAUUACUCAGUAAGAUUAUCUCUGUGCCCCAUUACUCAGUAAGAUUAUCUCUGUGCCCCAUUACUCAGUAAGAUUAUCUCUGUGCCCCAUUACUCAGUAAUAUUAUCCCUGUGCCCCAUUACUCAGUAAGAUUAUCCCUGUGCCCCAUUACUCAGUAAGAUUAUCCCUGUGCCCCAUUACUCAGUAAGAUUAUCUCUGUGCCCCAUUACUCAGUAAGAUUCUCUGAUUAUCCCUGUGCCCCAUUACUCAGUAAGAUUAUCCCUGUGCCCCAUUACUCAGUAAGAUUAAGCAGCCUGCCAGUGUUGCCAAUAAACUCAGGGUGUAUGGGGACUGUGGAGUGCCCAUGCAUGUCCUUGAAGCCUCUUGAGCCUGUGAACACCACUCUCUCUGCCCCUGUACCGUCUGGUUCCCUUUCAAAGCACCUCUUGUUACUGAGCUGUGCAGUGUCUCAUUGACUGUUCCCCUCCACUACCAAGUGAACUGCUCUAGGCAGCCUUCUGAGAGGUACACUGUUCAUGUUUGCCUUAGCCAGUUCGGCUCUCUCAUCUCAGAGGUUCAAAGGAGGCCGGCUGAGAGCUCGAACAAAAUCCCCAUCUUGCCUGAAUGCGGCCAUGCGUCAUGGUAGGGCUCCACUGACUCCAUAUUUGUCCACUUUGCAGCUUCUGUAAAGCGUAGAUAGUAUUAGUAUACCAUAUUAGUAUUGGUGUUACUUUAUCUUUAUCAGAGCAUAGUGCAUUAAGUAUCCGUCAAUAUGAAACAGGUUGCAAUGUACUGUAAACCAUUACUAGGGAUUUUAUUCAUGUUGAGGCCUCAAAAUAUUGGUUAAAAUAUUCAAUACAGUAAAAUGUACAUAACUCAUAGAAAUGUGUGCAUAUCGAUUUGGAAAUGUAUUGCUCAAAGCCAUGAUGAAUGUACAGUAUAUGUAGAGAUCAGUCUCUGACCAUGGUCUUGAGGAACCAUAACGGUUGGUUUUCAUUGAACAAUUUCACUUGAGGUACUAUCUGAAGCAAGCUCAUCACAGACCUGUUGCUUACCAAACUGGAGCAUGGUGCUGAUAUUGUAGUUACACUAGUUCUGUUCAGCAUUGGUUCUCCUCUGUUCAGAAUGGAAGUCCUUCAGCAAGCGUAAUCUGUAUGCAUGUUGAGAGGCUGAAGUGUUACGUAUGAGUGAAAUAGACUCGAGUGCUGAGAAUCUACAUUUUCAGCUAUUUUGUUUAAAGGUAGUUGACUUGGAGAGAUAGUUGACAAUAGACACUAUUGUAAAAAGUACUGUGAUAUGUUUCCUGUUGAAUAUGUCAUUGUGAAACUAAAGUAAAUAACGUUUUAUAUGCAGUCCUUAUUUAAAAACUAGAGAUGUGAGGAUUUCUAUUGUGCUUUUUUUAUUGUUCAUAAUUUUCAACAUGGUCCGAGGAUGUGUUUCAUUUAUAAAAAUUAAUAAAAACGUGGAUUUCAACAA